GUGUCGUAGCAUCGCAUCAUUUACUAAUUGUGGAUUCCUUUGAGUAUCCGUUUUAACAAAAGUCAUGAUCUCUUGAAAGAUACGUCACCUGGUGUCAUCAUCAAUUUUGAUUAUUUGCACCGGUGUUCCCUUCCUACGCGUGUGGUGUUUCUUUGCUGCCACGCCGCAUCCCACCACCGUCGCUACGCCAUUGAAUCAUUUCCAAGGUUUUGUCGGUACUCCACCAUUUGCUAACUGUUCCUCGGAGAACAUCUUCAACACAUCAUCAAAAUCAGAGUUAGGGUUACGCUUUUAACACUUUCUUCGGUUUGAUUCCAAAUUAAAUGCUCUGUUAUUAGAAGAAUGGGACCAUUAGCCUAUACUCAAAGAAGCUCUGCUUAUUUCUCUGCUCUCACCCAAGAGAUCGACAAAAAGCUUCAGAGGGCACUUGCUUCACCAACUCAAAGACGCGAUUUAUUACAACAGCUAUUUGCAGACGUAGCUUUACAAGUUGAUGAUCGAGCUAGAGAUAUAAUCCUUGAGGAUGCGUUACAGAUUAAGGGUUCUUUAUGUUUUUACGAUGUUCUUGCUGACCAUUUUGCGAAUGAACUUGAGCGAGGGAAACCAAUCAUUGAUUUGAUCGUUCAACUAUGGAGCCAGCCUUUUGCCUCUCAUAUAUUUGCAUUAUUGUUCCAUAAAUGGUUGUUUGAAGUUGAAGUUGAUAGUCCAGAUCUCCUCCUUCGCUACUCCUCAGCUCUUGUCCAAGGUGCUAUGAAUGUUUUCUGGAUUGACAUCCAGACAAACACCACCCAUUUCCAAAGUCUUUUUAGGUAUCUUCUUGAGGAUGUUGCAUUGGUGCCCGAUAAGUUGAAGAAAAUCCCUUUGCAGGCUCAAAGAGAUCUGUUUCUUCUUCUUUCAAGAUUUAUAUUCCUUUAUAAUCUAGAUGAAAAGCUUGAAUCCUUAUUUCACCACUUCCCGGAGUUCCCAAAUGCUUUCUUGAUCGGUGGGCCCGCGGAUGUUUUUGUUAUAGAACUAACUAAUCAGCUUCAAAAAUUAAAAGUGGAGCCAGUGUUGUUACAUUACCUGUCCCACAUUAAAGUUCUUCAAGGUUUGGAACUUCGAAUGACAACAAGUACCAGACUUAAAACAUGUUUGUACAGCUUCACGUCUCCUGGUGGGCCCAUGUAUCCAACACGAGCCGUUCGUCACGCAGCCUGGGAUGCUCUUGAUUUUCUUUUUCCGGUUGGGCAAUAUCCUCGACAUGUUAUAAGUUUGUUUUUCCGGCUGUUAUAUCCAUGGUACUGGCCAUCCUCUUGUUGGAAUUUUGUGUUGGCAUGCAUACACGCCAUAUUGUAUUCGAUUGAGAGGCUCAUUUUCCCUACACAUAAGUUGAGGGAGCCCCACAUGUAGCUGUUGUGGAAUUAUGUUUGUUGUAUUACGGUUGAUUGUACUUGAAACUAUAUUUUGUAUACCCUUUUUUCAAGUUACAUUGGCUUGUGAAUCCCUUUAAAUUGUUGUAGUUGAUAGAUACACAAAAGUCUCAACCCAACCAUGUCACCAAGUAAAAAACUGAGCAGCUACAACCUGUUUGUCCACAUUGGCAACAUGUUAACUAAAGUUACAACCAUAUUAUUAAAUGAAGCACAGAGAAAACUACCUUGAACUCCUCAUACAUCUUCCAAGAACUAGUUAUUUCUGGCAAUUGAUGUAGACUUUGAUGCUUUUCCAUGUCUUGAAGGAUGAACAGAUAAAAAGAAGAUGAUAGAGGAGUACAGACAGACAUACCACAAACUGAGUAUCAUAAUAAUCAAUACAAUACAACGGUCUAACAUCUAUAGUAAUAAGGAUAAAGCUCCAUAAAAAGAAACUAAGUUUCUACAAUCCUCCCACCCUACCACCAGUUUUAGCCUAGAGAAUUGGGUAUGUGUUCAGUUGACAAAAAACAAAAUACAAACAAGGUUUUGGUGCACAGCUGAUGAUUGAUGAUCUCAGUUAGUUUGCAUUGAUUCCUGAUGAUACUUCUCCAAAUCAGCAUCAAGAUCAUCUGCAGAUAUCUUUUCUCCACCUCCACCACCACCACCACCA